GGCCGUCUCGCCGUACGGCCUGUCGCAAAAAGCAUGGCGGCGCCCGUGUACCCGGCUUGGGUGGGCCGCUGGGUGUCCGGGCAGUGGCGGCAGAGGAAGCGACCCCCGACUGUCCGCCCCAUCCGGCCGCUGGUGCUGGCCGACAAGGUGGCGAACCGCCGGGAGAUGGCGGGAGAGGCGACCUGUCUGACAGAGAUGUCCGUGAUGAUGGCCUGCUGGAAGCAGAAUGACUUCAACGAUAAAGCGUGUGCUGAUGAGAUCCGGGCGUUCUAUGACUGCGUGGCAAUGGCAGAAAAGGAGCGCAAGGAAAAGAAGGACGAGUUAACACUGUCACUCAAGGGAAACAUACCUUCAAGCAAAGUGAACAAGCUGCUGAGGAGGUUUCCUAAUACUACGCGUUAUGUGUAACGUGCUUUGCUAAAGGGACUGUGGACAAGCAGUUAAAGUUGAGGGUUUUGCAAAAUAAAUGAUAAAAGGGGUUAAUGAAUGUUUAAUGUCACACAAUGUCUGUCAACACUGCUGGGUGGAUGUAGGCUCCAUAUUUUAUUUCCAGAGUGGGAAAAAAAAAUUCCAUCUUGACUGUGGGCUUAGUAUUUCAGGAGGUUCUUGGAUCUUGUGCUCUUAGGAUUUUUGCAGUGAGUUGUCCAACCAGCCACUGUGUGGAGUAAUGUACUCACUGUGAAAUAAAAUCCUGGAAUGUCUGUAAACCUA